AAAAAAUUGUAAGAAUUUAGAGAUGAACAUUGUGCUGUUAUUUCUUUUAUACUGAGUUUUUUUGGUACAGUCAUUAAAGUAUAUAUUUUUAUUUUCCUUUCAGAGACAGUGAAUUCUAAUCUCUUCACAUGACCCUGCAAAAACCAUUUAAAUGGCUUCUCUAUCUAAGUUAGAAAGGAGGAAUUGACCUAUUUAUUAUUGGUACUAUGGAAAUUGUAUUAGUCUGCUUGGGCUGCCAUAACAAAAUUUCAUAGACUGGGUGGCUUUAAAAAACAGAACUUUUUUUCUCUCACAAUUAAGGGAGCUGAAAAGUCCAAGAUCAAGGUUCUGGCAGGAUUAGUGUCUGAUAAUGGCUUUCUUCCUGACUUGUGGAUGGUCACCUACUUGCUGUACUUUCAUGUGACCUAUCCUGUUUUUGCUUGAAAGGAGAUCAAGAGAGUGAGCUCUGAAGCUUUCUGGUGUCUCUUAUAAGGAUGCCAGUCUGAUUUUAUCUGAUCAGAACCCUACCCUCACAACCUCAUUUAAUCUUAAUUACUUCCCAACUCCAAAUGCAGCCACACUGGAGGUUAGGAUUUCAACUUACGAAUUUUUGUGGGGGUGGGUAUAUAAUUUAAUCUAUAUCAUUCUAUCCCUGGCUCCCUAAAUUAAUGUAUUCCUUGCAUCUAAAAUACAUCUCUCUAUCCCAGUAGCCCCCAGAGUCUUAACUCAUUUCAGCAUCAACUCUGAAGUCCAUAGUCUCAUCUAAAUAUUUAAUUCCAGGUCUGGAUGAGUCUGGAGAUAGAUUCAUCCUGAGGCAGAAUUCUUUGCCAGCCUUGAACCCGUGAAACUAAAUAAAUUCUGUGCUUCUGAAGGCAGUGGUGUGACAGAAAACAAUAGACAUUCUCAUUCCAAAAGGAGAAAAAUGAGAAAGAAGAAAGAGGUGACAAGUCCCAAGAAAGUCCAAAAUUAGCAAGACAAAGUCCAUUAGAUGUUAGGGCUCAAGAAUAAUCCUCUUUGGUUGAUACACUGCUCUCCAAGCCCACUGGGGAGGCAGCACUCCUGUGGCUCUGUGGGGGCAGACUGCCCCCAGGCACUGGGCCAUGGAUGAGCUUGCUCUGGUGGCUCUGGGUGCCAGCAUCCUGGUUCCCCAACCCCAGACCAAGGACGCCUCACCUAUUGAAACUGAGGAGCCAGCCCUGUCCUCUGGACCUGUGAUGGGAGAGGCAAUCCUGCCAUUUCUGAAUCACCUGUGGGUUACAGAUGUAGAGCUGAAACGACUGAAAGAUGCCUUCAAGAGGACCUGUGGCCUGUCAUACUACAUGAGCCAGCACUGCUUCAUCAGGGAAGUGCUUGGAGAUGGAGUUCCUCCAAAAGUUGCUGAGGUGAUUUACUGUUCCUUUGGUGGAACAUCCAAAGGACUACACUUCAAUAAUUUAAUAGUUGGACUUGUCCUUCUUACAAGAGGCAGAGAUGAAGAGAAAGCAAAAUACAUUUUUAGUCUUUUUGCAAGCGAAUCUGGGAGCUAUGUUAUACGGGAAGAAAUGGAAAGAAUGCUCCAUGUGGUGGAUGGUAAAGUCCCAGAUACACUCAGGAAAUGUUUCUCAGAGGGUGAAAAGGUAAACUAUGAAAAGUUUAGAAAUUGGCUUCUUCUAAACAAAGAUGCUUUUACCUUCUCUCGUUGGCUACUGUCUGGAGGUGUGUAUGUGACCCUCACUGAUGAUAGUGAUACUCCCACUUUCUACCAAACUCUGGCUGGAGUCACACAUUUGGAGGAAUCAGACAUCAUUGAUCUGGAGAAACGCUAUUGGUUGCUGAAAGCUCAGUCCCGGACUGGACGAUUUGAUUUAGAGACUUUUGGCCCAUUGGUUUCACCACCUAUUCAUCCAUCUCUAUGUGAAGGUUUGUUUAAUGCUUUUGAUGAAAAUCGUGACAAUCACAUAGAUUUCAAGGAGAUAUCCUGUGGAUUAUCAGCCUGUUGCAGGGGUCCCCUAGCUGAAAGACAAAAAUUUUGCUUUAAGGUGUUUGAUAUUGACCGUGAUGGAGUUCUCUCCAGGGUUGAACUUAGAGACAUGGUCAUUGCACUUUUAGAGGUCUGGAAGGACAACCGCACUGAUGAUAUUCCAGAAUUACAUAUGGAUCUAUCUGACAUUGUAGAAGGCAUAUUGAAUGCACGUGACACCACAAAGAUGGGACAUCUUACUCUAGAAGACUAUCAGAUCUGGAGUGUGAAAAAUGUUCUUGCCAAUGAAUUUUUGAAUCUCCUUUUCCAGGUAUGUCACAUAGUUCUGGGGUUAAGACCAGCUACACCAGAAGAGGAAGGACAAAUUAUUAGAGGCUGGUUAGAACGAGAGAGCAGGUAUGGUCUGCAACCAGGACACAAUUGGUUUAUCAUCUCCAUGCAGUGGUGGCAGCAGUGGAAAGAAUAUGUUAAAUACGACGCCAGCCCCUUUGUAAUUGAGCCAUCAUCUGUUCUGAAUGGAAAAUACUCAUUUGGAACAGCGGUACAUCCUAUAGAGCAGAAUGAAGAUAGAAUCGGAGGAGGCAGCCUCAGUUAUGUGAACGCCACAGAAGAGAAAUUUUCAGACAACAUUUCUACUGCAUCUGAAGCCUCGGAAACCGCUGGCAGCGGCUUUCUGUAUUCUGCCACACCAGGGGCAGAUAUGUGCUUUGCUCGACAACAUAACACUUCUGACAAUAAUAACCAGUGUUUUCUAGGAGCCAAUGGGAAUAUUUUAUUACACCUCAAUCCUCAGAAACCAGGGGCUAUUGAUAACCAGCCACUAGUAACUCAAGAGCCAGUAAAAGCUACAUCAUUAACACUAGAAGGAGGACGAUUAAAACGAACCCCUCAGCUGAUUCAUGGACGAGAUUAUGAAAUGGUCCCAGAACCUGUGUGGAGAGCACUUUAUCAUUGGUAUGGAGCAAACCUGGCCCUACCUAGACCUGUGAUCAAGAAUAGCAAGACAGAAAUUCCAGAGCUGGAAUUAUUUCCUCGUUAUCUUCUCUUCCUGAGACAGCAGCCUGCCACUCGGACACAGCAGUCUAACAUCUGGGUGAAUAUGGGUAUGAUGAGCCUGAGAAUGUUUCCUCAGCAUUUACCAAGAGGAAAUGUACCUUCUCCGAAUGCACCAUUAAAGCGGAUUUUAGCCUAUACAGGCUGUUUCAGUCGAAUGCAGACCAUCAAGGAAAUUCACGAAUAUCUAUCUCAGAGACUGCGCAUCAAAGAGGAAGAUAUGCGCCUGUGGCUAUACAACAGUGAGAAUUACCUUACUCUUCUGGAUGAUGAGGAUCAUAGAUUGGAAUAUUUGAAAAUCCAGGAUGAGCAGCACCUGGUAAUUGAAGUUAGAAACAAAGAUAUGAGUUGGCCUGAGGAAAUGUCCUUUAUAGCAAACAGUAGUAAAAUAGAUAGACACAAGGUUCCCACCGAAAAGGGAGCCACAGGUCUUAGUAACCUGGGAAAUACAUGCUUCAUGAACUCAAGCAUCCAGUGUGUUAGUAACACACAGCCACUGACCCAGUAUUUUAUCUCAGGGAGACAUCUUUAUGAACUCAACAGGACAAAUCCCAUUGGGAUGAAGGGGCAUAUGGCUAAAUGCUAUGGGGAUUUAGUACAGGAGCUUUGGAGUGGAACUCAGAAGAAUGUUGCUCCAUUAAAGCUUCGGUGGACCAUAGCAAAAUAUGCUCCCAGGUUUAAUGGGUUCCAGCAACAAGACUCCCAAGAACUUCUGGCUUUUCUCUUGGAUGGUCUUCAUGAAGAUCUCAACCGAGUCCAUGAGAAGCCAUAUGUGGAACUGAAGGACAGUGAUGGGCGACCAGACUGGGAAGUAGCUGCAGAGGCCUGGGACAAUCAUCUGAGAAGAAAUAAAUCAAUUGUUGUGGAUUUGUUCCAUGGGCAGCUGAGGUCCCAAGUCAAAUGCAAGACAUGUGGGCAUAUAAGUGUCCGAUUUGACCCUUUCAAUUUUUUGUCUUUACCACUACCAAUGGACAGUUAUAUGCACUUAGAAAUAACAGUUAUUAGGUUGGAUGGUACCACCCCUAUACGAUAUGGACUAAGACUAAAUAUGGAUGAGAAGUACACAGGUUUAAAAAAACAGCUGAGUGAUCUCUGUGGACUUAAAUCAGAACAAAUCCUUCUUGCAGAAGUACAUGGUUCCAACAUAAAGAAUUUCCCUCAGGACAACCAAAAAGUACGACUCUCAGUGAGUGGAUUUUUGUGUGCAUUUGAAAUUCCCAUCCCUGGAUCUCCAAUUUCAGCUUCUAGUCCGAUACAGACAGAUUUCUCCUCUUCCCCAUCUACAAAUGGGAUGUUCACCCUAACCACCAGUGGGGACCUGCCACGACCAAUAUUCAUUCCCAAUGGAAUGCCAAACACUGUUGUGCCAUGUGGGGCUGAGAAGAACUUCACAAAUGGAAUGAUGAAUGGUCAUAUGCCAUGUCUUCCUGACAAUCCCUUUAUGGGCUACAUCAUUGCGGUCCACCGAAAAAUGAUGAGGACAGAACUGUAUUUCCUGUCAUCUCAGAAGAAUCGCCCCAGCCUUUUUGGAAUGCCACUGAUUGUGCCAUGUACUGUGCAUACUCGGAAGAAAGACCUGUAUGAUGCAGUUUGGAUUCAAGUAUCUCGAUUAGCCAGCCCACUUCCACCUCAGGAAGCUAGUAACCAUGCUCAAGAUUGUGAUGACAGUAUGGGCUAUCAAUAUCCAUUCACUCUCCGAGUUGUGCAGAAAGAUGGGAACUCCUGUGCAUGGUGCCCAUGGUAUAGAUUUUGCAGAGGCUGUAAAAUUGAUUGUGGGGAAGACAGAGCUUUCAUUGGAAAUGCCUAUAUUGCUGUGGAUUGGGACCCCACAGCCCUUCAUCUCCGCUAUCAAACUUCACAGGAAAGGGUUGUAGAUGAGCACGAGAGUGUGGAACAGAGUCGACGAGCACAAGCUGAGCCCAUCAACCUGGACAGCUGUCUCCGUGCUUUCACCAGUGAGGAGGAGCUAGGGGAGAAUGAGAUGUACUAUUGCUCCAAGUGUAAGACCCACUGCUUGGCAACCAAGAAACUGGAUCUCUGGAGGCUUCCUCCGGUUCUGAUUAUUCACCUUAAACGAUUUCAAUUUGUAAAUGGUCGAUGGAUAAAAUCACAGAAAAUUGUUAAAUUUCCUCGUGAAAGUUUUGACCCCAGUGCUUUUUUGGUACCAAGAGACCCUGCUCUUUGUCACCAUAAACCACUCACACCCCAGGGGGAUGACGUCUCUGAGGCCAGAGUUCCAGCAGGAGAGGUGAAGAAGGUGGAUGCCCAGAACUCAGCUGAGGAAGAGGAUGUGCUCCUGAGGAAGAGCCCAUCCUCACUCAGUGCAAACAUCAUCAAUAGCCCUAAAGGUUCACCUUCUUCAUCAAGAAAAAAUGGAACCAGCUGUCCCUCCAGCAAAAGCAGCAGCCCUAACAGCAGCCCUCGGACUUUAGGGAGGAGCAAAGGGAGGCUCCGGCUACCCCAGAUCGGGAGCAAAAAUAAACUAUCAAGUAGUAAGGAAAACUUGGAGGCCAGCAAAGAGAAUGGUGCUGGGCAAGUUUGUGAGCUGGCUGAUGCCUUGAGUCGAGGGCACAUGCUAGGGGGCAGUCAGCCUGAGCUGGUCACCCCUCAGGACCACGAAGUAGCUUUGGCCAAUGGAUUCCUUUAUGAACAUGAGGCAUGUAGCAAUGGCUACAGCAAUGGUCAGCUUGAAAACCACAGUGAAGAGGACAGCACUGAUGACCAAAGAGAAGAUACUCAUGUUAAGCCUAUUUAUAAUCUAUAUGCAAUUUCGUGCCAUUCAGGAAUUCUGGGCGGGGGCCAUUAUGUCACUUAUGCCAAAAACCCAAAUAGCAAGUGGUACUGUUACAAUGACAGCAGCUGUAAGGAACUUCACCCUGAUGAAAUUGACACCGACUCUGCCUACAUUCUUUUCUAUGAGCAACAGCGGAUAGACUAUGCACAAUUUCUGCCAAAGAUCGAUGGCAAAAAGAUGGCAGACACAAGCAGCAUGGAUGAAGACUUUGAGUCCGAUUACAAAAAGUACUGUGUGUUACAGUGAAGCUACCACUCUGGCUACUAGACAGGCUGGUGGCGAGGGGGAUGACUCCCUGUAGCUGACAUUUGGCAAAAGCAUCGCUGAAAGGCAAGCUAAAUGUAGUUAUUUUAUCCUGUGGCCCUGAAGCACAAAAUAAAAAUCCUAAUUAAAAUAGCAUUUAACAUAACAGUAGUGAUAAUUUUGUUUGGAAGUGUCUCACACAAGUUCUCUGGUAGAGAACUUUCAGGCAGAGCCCACCAUUAGCCUGUAAAGAAAAGGGUUUGGCACCAGCCACCUGGGACCAAAUAAGAAAUUGUGCUUGUCCAGAUAGGAACAAAUAUGUAGUGAGUAUAGAGUUUACCAAUAAUCAUAACAAAAUACUAAGAAUCUCCUUGGAGUCAAAGUAAAACAAAAAUCGUAGUGUUGUCUGGAGACGACAUGAUAUGCUACCUCCUUUUACCUGAAGUUCUAUUCCAUUAUAUUGGCAAGACGGAGAAAACAAGAUCCUGAAGGUGUGCAAAGAAUUCCUACAGUGUGGACGCAGACUUCUUGAUUAAUUUUUUAAACCAUUUUCCCACUCUUCCUAUGCCUUUCUUGCUUUUUGUUUUUUGCUGUUGUGUUUGUGAUUGAGACACAACCAGUCAUUGAUGGCAGAGGCAUAUAUAAAUGAUCAAUCUUAAGAGCUGUGUGCCUUCUCCUUGAGGUCUUGGUUGAGAGACCCUGUAGGGAAAAAAAAAGCAUCCCAGGCAAUCCAGCUAACAUGGCCCUCCGGAUAGAGGCCUCUUACUGUGUGGACACUUCAGACAUCCUCCGAAUGCAUUCCCUCCUCUCCCACUGCGAGGUGUGGUAGGGUGGUUGCCAGUAUUUGCACCAUCUUCACAUGCACAUGUUGCACAAAGAGCUUCUGAGAAGGAAAAUGGCAUCAGUGCCAGAUGGUGUUUUACAACUAGUGGUUGUUGGUUCUUUGUUUCUUUGUUUUGCACUUUAAAAAAAGAAUACAUGCAAAUGAACUUUUCAAAACUUGCUCAUUAUUUGAUGGCUGUAAGGGCUAUAAUUACCUUAAAAUGGGUUAUUGUCCCCCAUCAUAUUAAAUUAAAAAAAGAAAAACAUCCCAAGCAUUAAUGGUAUAUUUUUAAUGAAAUUGGUGGUUUUAGGGAGUAAACUUCUGUUUUCUUUGCAUAUCUUAUUUUGCCCCCCCAAAAGUUAUGUUUCUUUGUUCACUUCACUUUUUCCUCCAAUAAUUCAAGACUGGAACAAAAGUAUAAAUGUUAUUUAUUUCAGGCAGCAUUUUUUUUCCUAUGUUCUUUUUAAAUAUAUGUUUGAAGUAAAUAUAUCACUUUUUUUUUUCAAUCUUUUUUUAUUCAUCUGAACCCUGGAAUUGUCGGGCUCCAUUACCCUUCCUUCCUUCCUCAUAGAUAGUAGGUAAUUAAGCAUUUGUGCUGUGAUACCUGAGGCUGGUUAUUACCCAGUUCUUCUCAGAGCAUUUGGGAAGGUUGUCUUAAAUGGCUGCCUAACUUGAAACCCUCUUCAGAAGAAGACUGUAAUUGUAAAGAGGAAGGAAUGGCCUAAGUGGUAUAAUAUGAUGAAGUCAGAUAAAUGCAGACUUCAUAGUUUCAUAAUAUUCAGUAUAUAAAAUCCAUUCUUACCUGGACAAGUUCCAUGAAAAAGUGGAAGAUUUUAAAUAAUUUCCUUACAGAUGUUUUAUUUAAUCAGGUAGCACAAUCUACUAAUGUUGUUUGAUCUGUUUGUUAUAUUGGUUGUAAUUAAUUUUUUAAAUUCAUGAUUAGAAAAUUUAUUAAAUUAACUAUUAACUACAUUCACCUUGUAAAUUACUGUAUAAAACUUGACAAUGCACUGACUUUAGAGAGAUGUUAAUGUAUAUACAUAGAGUGUAAAUAAAAUAGUGUUAAUGUACUGAAAUAUGAACUGUAUAAAAAAAGUAUUGGUAAUUGUAUAUGGAGUGUACUUGUUUAUCUGUAACUAUUAUCCAAAUUAAAUACUGUGGAUGCA